AAUCAAAGACCAUUUGCUUGUCUUAUUCUGGAGAUCGAGAGAGCUAGAGAGAAAGAGAGGCGGCCAUGGGAGCGUUUUGGGGAACUCGGGUGAUGGAAAUAGUGAAGAAGCACGAUUCAGGUGGUCUCAUUUGGAAGAGAAUCAAGCUUACCUCUACUCGUAAAGCCAAUGCCAAAACCCGCCUCCGUCGCGUUUGGCAGAAUGAGGCUGUUCUAAAGGCGUGCGGUACAUCAGAUGCAUCAGUUUCUCCGGGAGUUAGCAGCAACACAGAAACCUGUACCAGUUCUGCGAAAAAUGAGUGAGGAGGACGAGAAGCUACAAACAUGGUCGGUUAGUGUAGAUCAAGUCUCUCUGUCUUGACCUGGUUUAACCAAUAAUAAUAUUUGAACUUUUGUGGUGUUACUUGUUAGGUUAUAUUGAUUUCUAAACAUGUUGAAUCUGCAACAAGAAGUGACUGUGUUCCGGUCUUUGCUACACCGACUUAAUCAAAAUCCUUAUCCUUGUUGCUA